CAGCUGUCUGUAAGUUAGGGAUCGUACAGUAGAGGAGUCAGGGGAGCUUAUUGCUGUCUGCUCUGGGACCUAAGUGGAUCACCGGCCCCUCCUCCGCGAACUAAUUGGAUUUAGUUUAAUCCUCUGUGGAUAUAGGUGCUGGGAGUGUACUUUCUGUACUGUGUAAUGGAUCUUUCGCGGGCUAGCAGAAUGAAUCGCAAGAUGCAUAAAGGUGCCACUGGGGCAGCAGCAGCAGGUCAGCCAGAUCCCCCGGGACAGACGGGAGAUGACGACAGAAAGAUCUCCAAGUUUCAAAUUAAUAUAAAGAACUUGACUGAUGAUGUGUUGGAUCGAUUUGCUAGCAUCAGAAUUCCUGGAAGUAAAAAAGAAAGACCUUAUAUGCAUUACAUAAAAAGUACAUAUUCUAGCACGGAAUGGUCAACUUCAGAAGCUGAAGAUUAUCCUUCCAAGCAUCUGUCUGACAAAGAUGUAUUAUCUUUGUUUGAGAAAAUGAUGGAGGAUAUGAAUUUAAAUGAAGACAGAAAGGCACCCCUGCGGGAAAAAGACUUUGCUACCAAAAAAGAAAUGGUCAUGCAGUAUACUGGCAGUGCAUCUAAAGUUGGCAGUCUCAAGAGCAGCAGACAAAUUUCACCUCAAGAAUUUAUUUAUGAACUGAGAUCAGGGGCUACAGAUGAAAGACUUGUGUCCUAUUUAGAUUCUCUUCGGGUUUCCUUAACCAGCAACCCAGUCAGCUGGGUUGAAAGCUUUGGCCAUGAUGGACUGGGUUUGCUUCUUAAUAUUCUUGAACGAAUGGUGGAUGUAAAAUGCCAUGAAAAAAUUGAAAAACGAAUUCAACACAAAGUCAUACAAUGUUUGAAAGCGUUCAUGAACAACAAGUAUGGGUUGGAAAGAAUUAUGGGAGAAGCAAGAAGCCUUUCUUUAUUGGCAAAAGCUAUGGACCCCAAGCAGGCAAACAUGAUGACUGAUGUAGUCAAAUUGUUGUCUGCAAUAUGCAUUGUAGGCGAGGAGAACAUUCUUGAAAAAGUCCUGGAAGCCAUAACUACAGCUGCAGAGGAAAAGGGAAUAAUCAGGUUUAGCCCCAUUGUGGAUGGCUUACGUCAUAACUUGGUCCAUUUACAGGUUGCUUGUAUGCAGCUUAUCAAUGCUCUUGUAACAUCUCCUGAUGAUUUGGACUUCAGGCUUCACAUCAGAAAUGAAUUUAUGCGGUGUGGAUUGAAAGACAUGUUGCCACAACUGAGGCACACACGAAAUGACGCUUUAGAUAUUCAGCUGAGAGUAUUUGAUGAACACAAGGAAGAAGAUAUGAUAGAAUUUUCACAUCGUCUUGAUGAUGUUCGUUCUGAAAUGGAUGAUGUCAGUGAUGUUUUUAGUGUGGUGUGGAAUUCAGUGAAGAACACAUAUGCAGAAGGAUAUUUUCUUUCUAUUCUUCAACAUCUCUUAAUUAUCAGAAAUGAUUAUUUUGCAAGGCCACAGUAUUUCAAAAUUAUCGAUGAAUGUGUAUCCCAGAUAGUUUUGCAUCGAAGUGGCAUAGAUCCUGAUUUCACCUACAGGAAAAGAUUAGACGUAGAUUUUAGUUACAUCCUUGAAAUAUGCACCGAUAAAGCCAGAGCUGAGGAAUUUGAAGAAAGAUUUUAUGAGAUGAAUAAGAAAUAUGAGGAAGAAUUUACAAUUCGCCAAGAAGCCCAGUCCAAACUGCAGAUGAAAGAAGAAAAAAUCAAUGAACUUCAAGUAGAAUUACAGGCUUUUAAAUCCCAGUAUGGAGCUGCACCUGUUACGUCAGGUUCAGUACAAUCAGGAUCCAGCAGUUUGUCAGGUGUGGUUGUUCCUAAUCCUCCACCAUGUGGCCUUUUGCCACCACCCCCACCGCCUCCUCCACCCCCACCUCCAAUGUUUGGUGCUCCUCCGCCACCACCACCACCUCUUCCAGGAUUUUGUGCCGGACAGCAGCCCCCACUUGAGAAAACACUCCCUUUUGGCUUGAAAUCUAAAAAGGAAUACAAACCAGAAGUUGGCAUGAAGAGACUUAAUUGGUCUAAGAUAAGACCUAAUGAUAUGACUGAAACCUGUUUUUGGCUAACUGCAAAUGACAAUAGAUAUGAAGAUACUGAUUUGUUCUGUCAACUUGAACAUACAUUUUCUUGUCAAAGAAAAAUGAAGAAAGAAAACGAAGAAGAUAUUGAGGACAAGGUUUCAGUUAAAAAGCGAAUUAAAGAACUGAAAGUGUUGGAACCUAAAAUCGCACAAAACCUUUCUAUUUUCCUAGGUUCAUACAGGCUGCCUUAUGAAGAAAUAAAAAAAAUUAUUCUGGAAAUCGAUGAAACACAGUUGUCAGAGUCUAUGAUUCAGAAUUUAAUAAAACAUAUGCCAGAACAAACACAGCUGAAUAUCCUUGCAAAACUCAAGAAUGAAUACAUCAGUUUAUCUGAACCAGAGCAAUUUGGUGUUGUGAUGAGCAGUGUAAAAAACCUCAGUCAACGUCUGAAUGCCAUUUUAUUUUGGCUUCAAUUUGAAGAGCAAGUAAACAAUAUCAAACCUGAUAUUAUGGCUGUAAGUGAAGCAUGUGAGGAGAUUAAAAAAAGUAAAAGUUUCAGUAAACUUUUGGAGAUUGUGCUGCUUAUUGGAAACUACAUGAAUGCUGGUUCUCGGAAUGCACAGACUUUUGGCUAUAACCUCAGCUCCCUCUGCAAACUGAAAGACACCAAAUCAAUCGACCAGAAAACAACUCUUCUUAAUUUUUUGGCUGAAUUUUGUGAGAAGAAGUUUCCUGAUGUCCUGAAUUUUGUGGAUGAUCUGCAAAAUUUAGACAAAGCUAGUAAAGUUUCUGCAGAGAACCUGGAAAAAACUAUGAAGCAAAUGGAACGACAGUUACAGCAACUUGAGAAGGAUUUAGAAACCUUUCCCCUUUCAGAGGAUUCACAUGACAAGUUUGUGACAAAGAUGUCCAGUUUUGCUGUCUGUGCCAGAGAACAGUUUAAGAAGAUAUCAAGAAUGUUCGAGAACAUGGAAAAGCUGUACCAAAAUGUCAUGGAUUACUAUGUGGUUGAUCCAAAAAAAGUUUCAGUGGAAGAGUUUUUCACAGAUUUGAAUAACUUCCGGGUGAUGUUUGUGCAAGCAAUUAAAGAAAAUGUUAGAAGAAAGGAGGCAGAAGAAAAGCAGAAGCGAGUCAAAUUGGCAAAAGAAAUGGCAGAAAAAGAGAAACUAGAGAGGCAGCUAAAGAAAAGGCGUCUUAUGGAAAACAACAGAGAAGGUGAAGAGACUGGAGUGAUGGAUAGCCUGCUAGAGGCCCUGCAAUCUGGCGCUGCUUUCAGAGACAGAAGAAAACGGACUCCCAGGCCUAAAGAUAUACAUGAAAAACUCAGUCCAGCGUCAGAGAGGCCUGUUCUGAAGGCUUGUAACUAUGAAAAUCAAAAACCUCAUUUUGAGAGAUCACGUUCACGUCCAAAUAUCCAUUCCAAUGCAACCAGAGCUCCAGCUGCUAAGGAACUUAAUUACGAAACUCAGCCUUCUACUUCAAAAAGCAAAGCUGCGGUAAAAAAGGAAGUGAACAACACAGAAAGCAACAAAGACAGAGGACCAAAUCACAGCACUUCUACCAAGUCAGAAUCCAUACCUGAAGUUGAGGCCCUCCUUGCACGACUAAGGGCUCUAUAAAGUUAAUUAGAUAACACCAUCUAAUAACUAGCCAACUGAAAAAUACAAUUAUUCUUCACACAGCUUUUUUUUUUUGUAUUAAACUGAUCUGUAGUUCAGGUUAAAGAAAACUCUUUUUACAAUAUAUUUAUAUUUAAUCUGCAAAUAUAUGUGAAAAAAAUAUAAUGCUUUUAUGCAGAGUGUUUCUGCCUUGUGUGUAAUCUUCAUUAUUUAAAAUGUUUGUUACCUUAGUUGUUUCAUAGGUAAAUCAUGGUUUAUAUUAUGUUUUAUUUUGCAUCAACAAAGUGCAAUUUCCUCUUGAAACUGUUUUUGAGGGAAGUAAAAUAUGCAAAUUUGUUUAUAAAUAUCAAGUUUGAAUGUUCAUUUGUAUAUAUAAAUAUAUAAUGGAAUCAUUCUUAUACAACCAAAACAGAUAUGUUAUAUAUAAGCUUUUGUAUAAGAAAACUAAAGUAAUGCACUUGAAGUGCUUAUAGCAUAAUACAAAAAAUAAAUAGGAACAUUACUUAAGUAUGCUGACAAAAGCAAAAUUGUUACCAUUCCAUUUGUUUAGACUCAAGUAUUAUUGUUUUGUUUUUUGAUUUUUAAUCUCACGCUCAGUAUACCAAAGCACUUUCCAUUUAUGUAUAGUAAGAUAGUUUAAUACAGCAUUUGAUCGUAUAAAUUAGAAUGGCCACAAACAAUCUUACGCAGAAUAUGCUACUUGCAUUUUCUUUAUAAUAUCACAGGAAAAGUCAGUUAACAGAACAUUUAACUGUUAGUACCGAGUAGUAAUAGUGAAACACAACUGCAUGUUUUCAAGAAACAUUCCUUAAGAUGUCAAGAGGAUUGUUGUCUAGUAUAAAAGAACUCUUUGUUUAGCUAGUGCUAUGAAUGACAACUGACAAUAGAUUAUUUUCUUUUAUAACUAAGGAUUACACCAUUUGAUUUUCAAGUAUUUUUAAACACUACAAAAUAUUUAUUGAAGUAUUGAAAUUCAAUGUAAAUAUGAAAAACACCUCAAUUAAAUUCUGCAUGAUUGUGCAGUUAUCCUUCCAAAUAACCUGCACUUCUGUUUACAUGUCAAUCUCUAUUAAUGAAAAAGAACUAUUAUCUUCAAUAUCAUGGUCACAUUUCUUCAGUGUUGGUAAUGUGAGCUAACUUUCCUUUCAAUAAUAAAAUGCUUCUUUUUUAAUAUGAAGCAUUUCUAAAUACUGUUACUUGGAAACGAUCCUUUUUGAUUCAUGUCAUGUGUGGCCUUCUCAUUUUCUAAAUAUAACUUUGUGUUGUUGUAUUGUGCCUGAAUAAAUGAGAAAGCAUUGGCGGAUAUACACUAAAUGGAAAAUAAAUAUUAAUAAUUCAAA